AUGUUAUGCUCCUCCUCCUCCCUAGCUCUUCUCCUCCCGCCGGCCUCUUCGCCCUCGCUGCUCUCCUUCCGCCGUCUCUCUCGUCUCCGCUCUUCCCCUCUCAGCGCCGCCGGCCUGUCGAGAGUGACUUCAAGGACGCUUGCAUUUUCUGCUAGGACGGAAUCGAUUUCCACCAUGGCCAAUGAUGAGGAGAAUGUUGGUAAUGUGAAGAAACUGUUAGCGAGAGUGUUUGAAUUGUCGCUUCAAGCGACGGUCCCUGACGAGACCGAUGUGGAACCCAUAGUUACUGCAAGCACGGUGGGCAGAUUUGGAGACUACCAGUGUAAUAAUGCAAUGGGACUUUUCUCUAAACUUAAAGGAAAAGGAGGUGGUCAGUUUAGGGGACCCCCGGCAGUUGGACAGGCUAUCAUGAAAAAUCUCCCUCAGACAGAGAUGAUAGAAUCAUGCUCCGUAGCUGGGCCUGGAUUUGUGAAUGUUGUGUUAUCAAAUAAGUGGAUGGCUAAGAGCAUCCUAAAAAUGCUCCUCGACGGGAUUGAUACUUGGGCACCUAAGUUAUCAAUUAAGAGGGCAGUGGUUGACUUUUCAUCGCCAAAUAUUGCCAAAGAAAUGCAUGUCGGUCACUUGCGAUCUACAAUUAUUGGAGACACAAUUGCCCGCAUGCUUGAGUUCUCACACGUUGAUGUUCUUAGGCGAAACCAUGUUGGUGACUGGGGAACCCAGUUUGGCAUGUUGAUAGAACACCUCUUCGAGAAGUUUCCUAACAUUGAGGCAGUUAAUGAAACAGCAAUUGGAGACCUACAGGCAUUCUAUAAGGCAUCAAAACAGAGGUUUGAUGAUGAUUCUGAAUUUAAAGAGCGGGCACAGAAAGCAGUUGUUCGCCUCCAGGGUGGUGAAAAGAGGUACAGAGAUGCUUGGGCUCAGAUCUGUGCAAUCAGUAGGAGGGAGUUCGACAGUGUCUACAAAAGACUCAAAGUUGAGCUAGAGGAAAAGGGUGAAAGCUUCUACAAUCCCUUCAUACCUUCAGUUAUAGAGGGUCUGACCAAUCAAGGGUUGGUUGAAGAAAGUGAGGGUGCCCGUGUAAUUUUUCUCGAAGGAUUCAAUAUUCCUCUUAUUGUUGUUAAGAGCGAUGGUGGUUACAACUAUGCUUCAACCGAUCUGACUGCACUUUGGUAUCGCCUUAAUGAAGAGAAAGCUGAAUGGAUUAUCUACGUUACUGAUGUGGGUCAGCAGCAGCACUUUGAGAUGGUAUUCAAGGCUGCUAAAAUUGCGGGUUGGCUCCCUACUGAGGCAAAUAAGUUUCCUAGAACUAGUCAUGUUGGUUUUGGGCUUGUUCUUGGAGAAGAUGGCAAACGAUUCAGAACUCGAUCUACAGAAGUGGUUCGGUUAGUUGAUUUGCUGGAUGAAGCCAAGAGUCGAAGUAAAGCAGUGCUUGAAGAGCGUGAAAAAGAUAAAGAUUGGACAGAGGAGGAGAUUGACCAAACUGCUGAAGCAGUUGGUUAUGGCGCUGUGAAGUAUGCGGACUUGAAGAACAAUCGGUUGACUAAUUAUACUUUCAAUUUCGACCAAAUGCUUAGUGAUAAGGGAAACACGGCUGUUUAUUUGCUCUAUGCACAUGCUAGGAUCUGUUCCAUCAUCAGAAAGUCCGGCAAAGAUGUUGAGGAGUUGAAGCAAACUGGAGUUUUGUCGUUGGAGCAUCAGGAUGAGCGUGUUCUGGGGCUUCAUCUACUUCGAUUUUCUGAGAUUGUGGAAGAGGCAUGUACCAACCUACUGCCGAACAUCCUUUGUGAAUACCUCUACAACUUGUCUGAAAACUUCAGCAAAUUCUACUCCAACUGUCAGGUGAUUGGGUCGGCGGAGGAAACAAGCAGGUUGUUGCUGUGUGAAGCAACAGCAAUGGUGAUGAGGAAAUGCUUCUUCCUUCUAGGAAUUACUCCUGUCUACAAGAUAUAA